AUGGGAACGCUGAGCGAGCCAGCUAUGCGAUCGAGCCUUCAAGUGGCUCCGCUCACCAUCCAAAAGUCGUGCUCAGAGUCGAUCGGCAAUGGCUACGACGCAAUCGCGAGCACGAACCCUUACUCUCAGUCAGAGAUGACCCCUCCAACGACCCCGAACGGGUCACAAGAAGACCUGAAUGCCACACCGGAUCCUCCACCAAUGUUCCAUAACUUCCUGCGGGCAUUCUACCCUUUCCACCCGAGCUAUUCCAUGAGCGACUCCACGGUGACACUACCGCUCAACGAAGGGGACGUCAUCCUCGUGCAUUCGAUCCACACGAACGGUUGGGCAGAUGGUACACUUCUGGUGUCAGGGGCCCGAGGAUGGCUGCCAACAAACUAUUGCGAGGCUUACGACCCCGAGGAAAUGAAGAAUCUGCUGAAAGCUUUGCUGAAUUUCUGGGACCUGCUGCGAAGUACCGCGGUCAACGAUAGCGAGAUCUUCGGCAACCAGGAAUUCAUGAAGGGUAUCAUCGCUGGUGUGCGAUACCUCCUGGAGAGCACACAGUGUCUGACAAGAGAAUCGGUCACCAUACACAGGCAUGAUGGCCUCAGACGCAGUCGGAAAAGCUUACUAUCAGAGUUGUCGUCCUUGGUAAAGACUGCCAAGCGAUUACAGGAAACCCAGAAAAUGGAGGACCCCAUCGAGGAUGUGAACGAUAUUGUGGAUGAGAUGGUUCUUCGGGCAUUCAAGAUCGUCACCAAGGGCGUCCGGUUCUUGGAUAUCUUGGACGACGACAGGAGAUCUCGGGCACCCGCAGUGGCCGUCAUGGCGACUGUGCUCGAAGAGGCGUGCAUCCCUCCAACGCCACCCGCGGAUUCGACCUCGUUCGAGCACAAUCACCACCAGGCCUACGAUGCAGGCUCCCGAGGUGUAGGGGACGGAGCUGCAGGUUACACGACCUCGUUCGAAAUUAGCGAGGCUACACAAACAAGUGCGCCCACCGGCAAACGCCUCUCGACUAUUUGCUCGUCAGCGAGUACGAGUACAAAUGCGCGUCGGCUGUCCCAGAACAAUUCAUUGCAGGUCAAUCGCCUGUCGUCUACCAUCUCACACCGGGUCAGCUUGGCUGGGCCGUCGCUCCUCUCACGGCCGCAAAAUCUCGUCUCAGAGCGCCUGAGCUCUCGCCACGACACAUUCCUUACUUGCUUCGCCUCCUUGAUCGGACGCCUGCAUCUCCAGUCCCAAUCCCGCCCGCACUUGGCCCUCGCAAUCAAGCAAUCCGCUUCCUCGGGAGGAGAGCUCCUGGUGGUGGUUGAUGUUGUCUGCGCCCGCAACCCCUUCGGCUCCGAGACACUAGAUCCGUUCCGCGUGACCAUGUAUGACCGCUUCCACGACCUCGUUUGCGCUGCACGGGACAUCCUCAGCAACACGGGCACCGAGUUCGAUGACGUGCUUCUGCCACAGGACAGCAGCCGCCUGCUAGGAGCUGCGACUGGGUGUGUCAUCGCCACCGGCGACUGUGUCCACAAGACGAAGGCGAUUAUCGAGAGGAUAGGGGAUUUCGAGUUCGAGUUCGACAAUGGCAGCCUCAGUAUCGACCUCGAUCUGAGCUGCCUGGAUGAUAUUCAGGAGGAGAGGGAGAGGUCAGUAGCGGCGAGCGAAUGCGCGAGUAUUGCCGAUUCCUGCGUGUCACAGUCGCCAACCACGUCAACUGCGUCAACCACGCCCAUGACACCUGCCCACAGGCCCGCCUUGUCCGUUGACAAACCGCUCCCGGAAGUACCCCAGAUCACCCAACCUGUCGAGGCGCCGGCCCAACUGCAGUACUCGCCACCUGAAUCUCAAGCGCAGUCUAUGGUUGUCGAGGAGACCGCCUCGAGUAUGGUCUCGUCUGUCUCGUCUGUCUCGUCUGUCUCGUCGCUGCGACCCGCACUCCCACCACUACCCAAGAUCUCGACAUCUCUGCUGCCGCGGGAGGACUACAGUCCAACGGAACCGUCCUCGAGCCACGAGAGCGAAUUCCCCUCGUCGUUCCGGUCCGAGAGCAUGACUGCUUCGAGCUCUGGCUCCAGUGCGUAUCUCAGCCGGGACUCGGAGUCCAUUGUUGUGUCACAGAGCUCGACCCGUGCCACCACUCCUGAGAUCACUCUUGUGCCAAAGAACCAACCGUCGCUCUCCGAGCUCAGCACGGCCGGGAGCUCCACCCUCGCCGAAGAGGUGGAGGAGGUUGAGUCGAAGCUUCUUGAGAAAACGUAUGCCCACGAGCUGAUCUUCAACAAGGAGGGCCAGGUGACGGGGGGCUCGCUACCGGCGCUCGUCGAACGGUUGACCACGCACGAGGCCACUCCCGAUGCCAUGUUCGUCUCGACCUUCUACCUCACGUUCCGACUCUUCUGCACUCCCAGAGAGCUGGCAGAGGCACUGAUUUACCGCUUCGAUUAUGUCGGCGAGUCGCCUCACACCGCCAGCGCCGUCCGCUUGAGGGUGUACAACGUCUUCAAGGGAUGGCUCGAGUCGCACUGGCGAGACGAGACGGACCGCGACGUCCUGGGUCUCAUCCAGCCAUUUGCCGAGUUCAAGCUGGGCUCCAUCCUCCCUUCGGCCGGCAAGCGGCUGCUGGAGCUGAGUGAACGGGUCACGUCCACCGACGGCAGCCUGGUCCCUCGCCUCGUCUCGUCGAUGGGCAAGACCAAUACCUCCAUCUCUCAGUACAUCCCCGCCGACACGCCGCUCCCGGUGCCCAUUGUCUCCAAAAGCUCGACCUACGCCCUCGGCAACUGGAAGAUGGGGGGCACUUGCCCGACCAUCCUGGACUUCGAACCCCUCGAGAUUGCGCGCCAGCUGACCAUCAAGCAAAUGACCGUCUUCUGCUCCAUCUUGCCGGAGGAGCUGCUGGGCUCGCAGUGGAUGAAGAACAGUGGCGCUGACUCGCCAAACGUGAAGGCCAUGUCGUCCUUCUCGACCGACCUGUCCAACCUCGUCGCCGACACCAUCCUGCUCCACAGCGAGGUCAAGAGGCGGGCCGCCGUGAUCAAGCACUGGAUCAAGAUUGCUCACCAAUGCCUCGAACUCAACAAUUACGACGCGCUCAUGGCCAUCAUCUGCUCACUCAACAGCAGCACUAUCACGCGCCUGCGCAAGACAUGGGACGUCAUCAGCCCGAAGCGACGCGAGAUGUUGAAGUUGCUCCAGGCCAUCGUCGAGCCCAGCCAGAACAACAAGGUCCUGCGUGCCCGUCUCCAAGGCCAUGUGCCACCUUGCCUGCCGUUCCUGGGCAUGUUCUUGACCGACUUGACCUUUGUCGACAUUGGAAACCCGGCGACCAAGACCAACGACGCGGGCCUCGCCGUAAUUAAUUUCGACAAGCACAUGCGCACCGCCAAGAUCAUUGGCGAGCUUCAACGCUUCCAGAUCCCCUACAGGCUCACAGAGCUUCCUGACCUGCAGGAGUGGUUCCAGUACCAGAUCAGCCGCGUCCGCGAACUGGAGGCGCCGGGAAGCAACGUGCAGGUCUCGUACUAUCGCAAGAGCCUGUUGCUUGAACCCCGCGAGACUCAGGUUCUCCGCACCCCAGUCGAAGCGCCAGCUGCCGCCGGUUCCGUUGCCAACGGCAUGUUUGGCUGGAUGAGAGGCAACAGCCAAACCGCGGUAUCCACACAAACAUGA